UACUUGUUGAGGGGAAUCGCUGGAUGUGCGGUAUUGAAGCUGUGGAAAUGGGUGGGCUAUCUUUCCGUCUAUUAGUGCUGUUUGGGUCGUUGACCUUAGGAAGUGCUAUGAUAGGAGAAAUUCCCCUUCCUAACAGCCUUGAAAACUGCUUCCGGUCAUUUGCAAGGCAGACUUCUGUGUCGCUGACCGUUGGUCAGGCGAUAGGAUACCACUGUAAUCAACAGUUUAUGUGGCAGCAGGCGGGUAUCAAUAACUGGAUGAGAUACAAUAUCACCAGCCAGGAGUACGACUGGUUCUCCAGCUUGCUGUAUCUUCCAAAUCGAGGAAAACGAUAUGCUAAGAAACCGGAGGUCCGUGUAAGAAAGGAGAUACGGGCGCUGACAGAGCGUGAGCGAAACGACUAUCAUAGGGCUAUACAACUACUGAAAUCAGACACGAGUAUUUAUCCGAACAAGUACGACUCAUUCACUAACCUCCACACCGGAUUGACCACCAUCGCGUCCCACGGGGGUCCGAACUUCCUCGGCUGGCAUAGGGUUUACCUUCUCAUGUUUGAGAAUGCAUUACGACAGAAGGUGCCAUCUGUAACAGUUCCUUACUGGGCUUCGUCGAUGGAUUCAAAGAUGCUGGAUCCCACACAAUCUAUCAUUUGGACUGAACGCUUCUUCGGGAACGGGAACGGAUUGGUCAGAACUGGUCCCUUUGCAGACUGGAUGACCAGAUCUGGCCCUCUUAUUCGGAAUAUUGGUGAUUCGGGAGGGUACCUAUUCCGCGACGAAGGGAUUCGGAACAUUUUACGGGAAACUAGAACUGCCGCCAUCACUGAACCAGAAGCGGCCCCAAACAAUAACAUAGAGUUUCUCCAUGGGCGUAUCCAUGACUACAUUGACGGACAAAUGUCGAUGUUAGCGACUUCGUCCCAGGAUCCUGUGUUUUUUGCACAUCAUGCAUAUGUUGACUUUAUUUGGGAGGUAUUCAGAGGGCAGCAGAGGCGUCUUGGGAUUGAUCCUCAGUCGGACUAUCCCGAUGUUGUCAACCAUACGUUACACACAGCAACGGCUCCAUUAGGGUUCGGUAAUCUCCGUAAUAUCGACAGUUACAGUAAUAAUUUUAUUGAUGGUAUAUAUGCAUACGCACCUGUGCCGCAUUGUUCGAUCAGUAAUAGGGACUGCGGAUCGCCAUACCUCCGCUGUGAGAUGAUCAACUCAAUAGCUUCAUGUGUAGCGGAGACUGGAGCCAUAAAACGUCCCGAUUCAGAACCGAGCGGCGCGCAACCUUCACUGGCGGUAACAGACUCCAACCCUAAUACUGGCAUCAACGCUCAGAGGAAUGCAAACGGAAAAGUUACAGAUAAUGCCUGGCAACAACAACAAAAUCAACAACCGAAACUAAAUUUCGCAGGGAGGUUUCAGUCUGUGAAUCAUCCUUCUUUCUUGGGACGACGUAAUCGUGUCCCUUUCACUGGACCCCUUUCACCGUCACAUACAAUGCUGUUUGCCAAUACGGGUAUGCCAUUAGGACGCAUAAGUGGAAUGAGUGAGGGCACUGGCACAGCAAAUUUUAAUGGUUUUGAAAUUCGUCAGACAUUCAACACACAGAAUAUGGCAGGUUCACAGGGUUCAACAAACUCAAUAUCAAAUCAGGAUUUCGAAGGAAGAUUUUUUGGGGGCAUGAAUCCAGAUCUGCUGACCCCAUUAGAGGACGGUGUCUCUAACGUUACAGUCAACCAGCAAGGAGAGCCAGGUACGUCAGACAGCCCUAUCGGAAACCCUCAGUGUGCAGCUAUCCCGAUCAACCAGGGAUAUCAAAACACGUAUAAUUUGAACGGAAGAGCUGAUAUCCGUCAAUGGGUUUAUCUUCCGGUUAAAAUAAUAUCACGCAGACCGCCAAAUUUCCGUACUUACUCGUCUUUUCCUGUUAUGGACGGGCGUGUGUCUGAGGAAUCCGACAUCUAUUCACCGUUAGGUUACGCGAUGUUGAAAGAGCGUUUCGUGUCAGGAAAAUUGGCUACAAACCCAACAUGUCAAAAUGGAAACGCAGACUCCGGAAAGGUGUUCGUCCAAUCAAAUGGAAUCAACUAUUUAGGAAGUUAUAAAGAAUACGCCAUUGUGGAUAGACGAUUAACGAUAUCGAUAGCAACAGCAUUUGUGGCUGUGAAAAGUCCAGCUGAAGGAGCAACAGAUGUCAUGUUGUCAGCAUUUGAUUCCUGUGGGAGAAUGUGUAUGCCAUUCUGUCGUAUCCCGGGGUCAACUGUAGGAGAGACUCGACCAUGCUCGGGUGCCAUCCGAGUGACGUCAGCAUAUCCAAAGCUCUAUGGCAUUGACUACGGGGAGGCCGUGCUAGGUACAUGGUCCAUGACGGGUGCGGGGGGAUGUCCAACACUCGAUAACGAUCAUGUUUUUGUGUCGUUUUACUGUGAUUACGUAGAGAAGUGGCCUUUUGUGGGGACCGAAGCUCCAGGUAAUACCCCUGCUACUGAAUCAGUGGCAGCCAUGCCGAUGACCCCUAACUUACAGACGGCUACCAGGGUCGCGAACGUGCAAGAUGAAUCGGCUACCUCUAUUGCUGUUUGUCACAUCGGCCAGGGCUGUGUUAUACAUGAUUACUGUCGCCCGUGUACAGAUGGCACCGUACACAUGUGUCAGGGCUCCUGCUUGCUGUAUGCUCAGUGUCGGGGUGGCAUAUACCACAUACAGACGUGUAGGACCCGACAGAUGUUCCACCUCCGGCCCAAAAUAUGCCAAACUGGAUUUAGACAAUGUCAAGAAGGGAAAAAAACUCCAGCAAACCUACAGAUGAAAAACAACAAUCCCCAGUUGAUAACGAAUCCUAGUCACUCCGACUAAUUGCUCAGCUAUACAAAUACAAGUUACACGAAGAAAACAAAUGUUUGUGUAUGAAUAUGAAAUAGGAAAAAUAUUUCGCCACAAAGACUAUAUUACUUCUAAUUUAUCAGUAAAUAAUGUACAAAUAUUGUGUAUCAAAAUAAUAAAAAUUCUCCGCAAA